GACUGUCGGACAGAACAAGACCCAGAAAUGGUGUGGGAUAACAGGAAAGGAACAAGAAACUGAAGCCAAGGAGGGAAACGAGGCCUAGAGAGAAGGUUUCUAGGAGUGUCGGCCCAAAGAGAAGCCGUGGAGCGGGGGGAGACGGGCCAACAGAGCCAUGGAGAAUGAGCAGGGCCCGACAGCCUCCAGCGGCAGCAGCACUGGGACCAGCAACCCCAGCACCAGCACCAGCAAUGGGAGGCCAACCGUGCCCCAGAUAUCUGUGUACAGUGGGAUCCCUGACAGACAGACUGUCCAGGUGAUUCAGCAGGCCCUGCACAGGCAGCCCAGCACAGCUGCACAGUAUCUUCAGCAGAUGUAUGCAGCCCAGCAGCAGCACCUGAUGCUGCAGACCGCCGCCCUCCAGCAGCAGCACCUGAGCAGUGCGCAGCUGCAGAGCUUGGCCGCUGUCCAACAGGCCAGUCUCGCCGCAGGGCGCCAGAACUCCACCCAGAAUGCGAUCACAGCCCAGCAAACAGGAUCCUCUCAAACCACAAUUAAUUUGGCCACUUCCCCAGCGGCCGCCCAGCUGAUUAGCAGAGCGCAAAGUGUCAACUCUGCCCCUGCGGGCAUUACCCAGCAGGCUGUGCUUCUGGGAAACGCCUCCAGCCCUGCCCUCAGCCAGGCACAGAUGUAUCUGCGUGCCCAGAUGCUCAUCUUCACCCCGGCCGCCACCGUUGCCACCGUCCAGCCAGAGGCCACCACACAGACUGCUGCUCAACAGGCUGCUACUGCACAGGUGCAGAACCUGGCCAUCCGUGGCCAGCAGGGGGCGACGCAGGCUUCUCCCUCUCAGACACAGCUCCAGGGCCUGAGCCUCAAGCAGGCCCAGGGGGGCCACCAGCUCUCCCUUGCCAGCCCAGGCCACCCUGCAGUCCAGCUCAAGGGUCCUGCCCAGGGAGGACAAGGUCCUGGGGCAGCAACGAAAGGAGGGACGCUUGAGGGUCCCUUAGAGGGGCCAAAGAAAGGCGAUCCUACCAACGACCUGGCGCCCCGCAUGGCCAGCGUGAGCCGGACAGUGACAGCUGUCACAAACCACACCCUCAUCACCCCUGCAUACACACAGAUCCAGCCCCACCAGCUGCUCCAGCAGCACAAGCAGCAGCAGCAGCAGCAGUUUGUGAUCCAGCAGCAGCCCCAGGUGUCGCAGGCCCAGCUCCUCCAGACCGCCUCCAUCCAGCCCCACCUGCAGGCUCUGGCCAUCCAGCCCGCCGUGGCAUCGGCGCCCCAGAGCCAGGCGUGCUCCGUACCGGUCCUGCCCAAGCUGCCCGCCCCCACCCAGCAGGCCACCAUCUUCCACUCCACCGCCAGCCCCCAGGUGCAGCCCAAGGCCCCGCCCGUCCAGCUGACCGCCGUCAACCUCCAGAUCCAGCCAGCACCAGCUCCGACUGCCUGUCUGGUCCAGGAUACUGCCGGUGGAGACCAGCCGACUCCGUUGGUAGUCAGGGAGACAUGCCCCACCCCCAGUGUUCAGCAGCCUGUGUGCAUGCCCACACAAGCGGCCACCACCACGGAGCAGCUGAAAUCAGACUCCAGCAAGCUCACCACACAAGCGCAAGAUUUGGGUGCUGCCGAAGGGGUGAAUGCGAAGUCCUCUGUGGGCACACCUCCAGCCAUGACCUCGGGAAAUGGAAACAACGCGCCCACCGUGACCGGUAGCACGCCCCAGAACGGGGAGAGCAAGCCGCCCCAGGCCAUCGUGAAGCCGCAGAUCCUCACCCACGUCAUCGAGGGCUUCGUCAUACAGGAGGGAGCCGAGCCUUUCCCCGUGGAGCGCCCGUCCCUGCUGAUGGAGAACCUGAAGAAGCAGAAGCAGCAGGUGCCGUCAGACCCGGAGAAGCCCCCACAGAGCCACCCCACUGACUCAGAGAUGGAGGACCUGAGUCAGCCAGAGCUGAAAGAGCAGGAGGAGGAGCCCAUGCUGAAAUGUGAACUCUGUGGCCUGGUCGACUUUGCGAGCAACUUCAAGCGGUCGAAGAGGUUCUGUUCUACGGUGUGCGCCAAAAGGUACAGCGUCAGGUGCUCCAAGCGAAUGGGCCUUAUCCAUCCAGAUAGAAGUAAAACAGAGAAACACAAGAAGGCCAGAUCGCGCAGCAGCGGCGCCCAGAACACGGAGGCUAAGAAGCAGGGGCCCUCCGUGCCCCAGCAGACGAUGGGCGUGUCAGUGUCAUCCCCGCUCCCCUCCCAGCCCAGCCAGGGGGAGUCCAGCCAAUGUUCAGACAUGUCCAGCUAUGAGGAGCCCCCCUCGCCCCUGUCUGCCGCCAGCUCGAGGGCCCUCAGGUCUCAGGGGGAGCGAGGGGCGGACCAAGGGGAGGGCCACGUCCGGGAGCUGCCCCUCCUCACGCAGCACUUCCUGCCCAGUGACCCCACCAAGUGGAACGUGGCACACGUGUAUGAGUUCAUCUGCUCUCUCCCAGGUUGCCAGGAGAUUGCAGAGGAGUUCCGUUCUCAGGAGAUCGAUGGCCAGGCUCUUCUCCUGCUGAAAGAAGACCACCUCAUGAGCGCCAUGAACAUCAAACUGGGACCUGCGCUCAAGAUCUUUGCUCGAAUAAGCAUGCUGAAAGACUCGUAGGGCCUUUAGGGGGCGCUGGUAUCGGGACUGGACUGGAGGCACCUGGCGCCUCUGCACUGAUUACUGCUACUCUACUGCCGUCCGGGGGCGACGGUCGCUCUAGAAACGGCUCUGACGGACGCAGUUGCUGCCGCAGUCCACUUGUCGGACAGCAGUCCAUCACCCUCAGGGAGGUUUGAUGGAGGACCACAGAGCCACAGACCGUGUCAGCCGAGAUUCACAGGAGCAGGCUGUCCUGGGAAAUGAGCACAAGUAGCAUAUAUACCAUAGGGGACGAUUGGGUUCAUUGCUAAAGUCAAGUUACGGAAUGCAGAUUCCUGUAGUUAAGCCAUUUGUGUUGAAGGUAUGAGUUGGG